AUGGGUUGCUGCGCUUCUACACCGCAGGAUCAACCGUCCUCGAGGAGUACUAAUACUACUAAUAAACUCACCAAAAAAAACGUCCAAACGCGCGUGCAAAACUGGCACUCCACCGGCAUCGUUUCCCUCCGCGAUUGUUCGUUAACGCGGAUUCCCCUGGAACCCAUCGCUUCGUUAGUUGAGAUGAUGCAGACGAAGGACAAUAAAAUAAAGACGAUAGACGUGACGAACAACCGCAUAGCGGAAAUUCCUAUCAGCGUGUUCGUGGAUAUCGGCAAAAGCGUGCAACGAUUAAUCCUCGGGAAGAAUACGUUGAAAUCAUUGGACACGUUUUUCGUACAUUUGAAACAGUUGAAAGUGUUGGACGCACACGCGAACGCGAUCGAAACGGUCGAUUGGCGCUUAUUAACGAAACACUGCACGAAGCUGAAAAGUUUAAAUUUGAGAGGCAAUAAGUUGAAAGAGGUAAACUUGGAGGAACUCGGGAAGAUGGAGAUGUUAGAAGACGUGGACGUGAGCGAGAACGGGAGGUUGGAUCGAUUAGGAAGGAGCGCGGAGUCGUCGUCGUCUUCAACACCUAAUGCUACUCCCACGGCGACACCUUCCGAGGAGAAAGACCGUGAGAACGAAGAAAAAUGGCGAAGCUUAACCUCGUUCGCGGCGACCAAGUGUAACCUUCUCUCCAUCCCGGACAGUUUCCUGCCACCGAAAAUAAAAACGAUCCUCUUAGACGAUAACCCUCGACUCCUCGGACUGCCUCGCGACCUCUUCCAAAACUGUCCUCUCCUCCAACGCGUCUCGGCACACCGCUGUCCGGCGAUGGAGAGUAAAUCCAUAGAAACCAUGAACGGAUACUCGGAGUUCUUGGAAAAAGUGCAUCAAUCGAACGAUAAAAAGAUUAAAGUCGGGGUUUUGCUCGGGAGUCGAUACGGUGACGACGGGUUCGAUCGGAAGAUGAUGGGCGACGAGCGCUUGGACGGUUUGAAGAGUUGA